GAAAUGUGUUUUUUUAUUUGUUUUAUCUAUGUUUUUAGUUUUGCCAUGUGUUAGAUUCAGGGCUGUGAGAAAGAAGUCUCAGGGAUCAGAAGGAAUAAACAUCACAGAUCAUGGCUCCUUGGCCUGAGGUGGAAAAGCCUGAAACCAAUAAUUAUAUAGGAGAUUCUUCCAAACAAAACCAGAACAUGCCUGGAAAAGAAGGAGAAAAUCAUAAAGGCAAUGUAGCUUCACUUGGAAAUAAAGGGGAAAUUCAACCUGCAUUUUCCACAAUAGCCUUGAUAGAUGAGACAAGGCCAGAAGAAGACGACCCAUGGGCUCUGCCAGAGCUGCAGGACACUGGGGUCAAGUGGUCAGAACUGGAUAGAAAAGGGAAAAUCAUCCGUGUAUUGUAUGGGAUAGGAAAGUUUAUCAUCUUGCUUGGAUUACUCUACUUAUUCGUGUGUUCCCUGGAUGUGCUGAGUUCUGCUUUUCAACUGGUAGGAGGUAAAGCAGCAGGGGACAUUUUUCAAGAUGACUCCGUGUUGUCUAAUCCAGUUGCAGGAUUGGUGAUUGGGGUUCUGGUGACUGUUAUGGUCCAGAGCUCCAGCACUUCUUCAUCUAUUGUGGUCAGCAUGGUGUCCUCCACGUUGCUGACUGUUCAAUCGGCUAUUCCUAUCAUAAUGGGGGCGAACAUUGGCACUUCGGUCACAAACACAAUUGUGGCACUUAUGCAAGCUGGGGACAGGAAUGAAUUUAGAAGGGCCUUUGCUGGAGCUACAAUCCAUGAUUUCUUUAACUGGCUUGCUGUGUUUGCAUUGCUGCCCAUCGAAGUUAUUUCUGGUUAUCUUUACCAUCUCACCAAUGUUAUAGUUGAGUCUUUUCAUCUUGAAAGUGGCGAUGAUGCCCCUGAGCUACUAAAAGUUAUCACAGACCCUUUUACAAAGCUUAUCAUUGAGCUUGAUAAAUCAGUAAUAAAUGCAAUUGCUACAAAUGAUGAAUCUGCAAAAAACAAAAGCCUGGUAAAGAUUUGGUGCGUAACGGAAACUAACACGACCCUGCAGAAUGUCACAAUUCCACCUUCAGAAAACUGCACAUCUCCUGAACUCUGCUGGACUGAAGGAAACUGGACGUGGACCCUCAAAAAUGUAUCUGAAACAGAAUAUAUUAGUAAAUGCCGGCAUCUCUUUGCAGAAGCAAACCUGCCUGAUCUUGCCAUUGGUCUCAUCCUUCUGGCUUUGUCCCUGCUUGUUCUGUGCUCCUGUUUGGUGAUGAUCGUUAAGCUAUUAAACUCUGUGCUUAAAGGACAGGUGGCGAGCGUAAUCAAGAAGACAAUCAACACUGAUUUCCCAUUUCCAUUUACUUGGCUAGCUGGAUACCUGGCCAUGCUUGCAGGGGCUGGUAUGACCUUCAUUGUCCAAAGUAGUUCUGUUUUCACAUCUGCUAUUACACCUCUUGUUGGCAUUGGUGUUAUAAGCAUUGAGCGUUCUUAUCCCCUUACCUUAGGAGCUAACAUUGGUACAACCACAACAGCUAUACUUGCAGCUUUAGCAAGUCCAGGAAGUACAUUAAAAUAUUCAUUACAGAUUGCCCUGUGCCACUUUUUCUUCAAUGUCUCUGGGAUUAUUCUGUUUUACCCGCUGCCUUUUACCCGGCUGCCAAUCCGCAUGAGCAAGAGCUUGGGAACCGUAACAGCCAAGUACAGAUGGUUUGCUAUAUUUUAUCUUCUCAUCUGCUUCUUUCUUUUGCCUUUGUUUAUAUUUGGUCUGUCCCUGGCAGGCUGGCCAGUCCUUUUGGGUGUUUGCCUUCCCCUGCUUGCUCUUUGUAUUGCUGUGAUUGUAAUUAACGUUAUGCAGUCAAGGAAGCCACACUCACUGCCUGAGAAGCUCCAAAACUGGGAUUUCCUACCCAUCUGGCUGCACUCCCUCGAGCCCUGGGACAAUAUGAUUAUGUCUAUGCUCUCCUUUUGCGGGAAACACUGUUGUGGCUUCUGCAAGUGCUGCAAAGUCAACGCAGAACAGGAGGGUGCCAAAGACAAGCAGCUAAAAACUAUGGAGGUUUAUGAAAACACCAUUGCGAUGGCUGAUGAAGAAAGAGGUGCAAGAAGGGCACCACCUGUGGCUUGUGUUGAAAAAACAGGCACAAAUAAUACAGCCUUAUAGUAGUGGAUCAACGCAUGACAGCAGAGAUAGAGCAUAGGACAGUAAGGCUCUUGAAAACCAGCUUGGACAAUGCACUGAGGACAGAGUGAACAUUUUGUUACGUUUCAGCAGCCAGUGGUAUAUCACUCAUCAAGGAAUGGAGUCAAACAAGCUUGACAGAGUCCCCCCAAAAUCUAUGAUCAGGUGAACAGCUAGGGAUAGAUCUGCUUAUAGAGGGCUACUGUGUGGUACAUUCAUCCAGUGCUAUCAGUAGCAAACUAAAGAAACCCUAUGUAGUCCAUGAACAGAGGCAUGAAAGGAGUGGUGAGCAAUUCAAACUUAAUUAAAAACAAAAAACAAAAAACAAAAAAACAAACAAUGUGCUUGUCAAACAGCCUCCCUGACCUGCUGGAUUAUUCAGCAAAAGUCACUUUAUCUUACCCAUAAGGCUCUGGAAAAGAAAAAAAAAAACAGACAAAAAGAAUCCAAUAUUUUCAUUUGCCUGUUUGCAGUGGUCAAAAAGGAAAAUAGUGGUCCCAGUUUGGACAGAAUUUGUUCCCUAUGUGUGAAGGAAAAAGAAAUGGUGGGAUAUCCUUUAGAAGGUCUGGGAGUCCUGCUAUGGCAUAAAGGUAUGCAUAAGCCCAUUUUUUUGAGCCCUCCCUGUCUCCUUUAAUGCUGGGAAUGGGAGUCGUCAUCUUUUGUCUCAAACUGAAGGCCUAAAUGUAAUUGCUGUUCCCUUUGCCUGCUGAAGGUUACACACUGGGUUUGCAGACACCAGGUGGCUGCUGAAGGGCUUGGUGGACUUGGGAUGUGGUUCUGUGGCCGUUCCUUUCUCUAGAUAGGCAUCCCCAAUUUGUCACCCGCAUAACCCCAAAGGACCUGUUGUGGCACAGACAGAGGAAUGGUGCAGGAAUGGGGACCAGUGGCUGGUGUGAGGGAGGAGAAAGCCACCCAAAGCAGGGCUGAAGCUGAGAGAUGUGUGGGCAGCUGUGGCUCCAUUUCACUGAGCCACAAAACAGUCUUUGAGAGUAGUGGUGGAGACUGGCUUUGGAGCUGCAGAAGAGGGAACGUGCAGAGCAGCACUAUAGCAAGUGCGGGACCUACGCGAUAAUGUUUACUGGAGAGAAAGGAGUGUUCACUCUGCACCUUCACUGAAUGCUCUGAACCACCCUCUUUGGGGAUAAUGUGAAUUUUACUAGCAAUUUUAUGUAGCAAUCCAAAUCCCAAAUGAAAAUCCAUAGGUAGCGUAAUUAUAUACAACUUACUGGGAAGCCACCUGCGCUCAAAUCUUACUGUUACCGGUGUUUUAGUAAGUGCUUGUUAGACUGCUCUGAAUCACAGAAAGACAAAAUGUGUCAUUUCAGCAUCAGAAAAAGAGUAUUUCAAAGAAGCAUUAGUACUUCUGCUGACCUUCAAUAGCUUAGACAUGAGUAAGUAUGGGAUAAUAUCUGGGGUCCAACCACUCCAGGAAAAAAAUCAGGUGGCUGGAUGUAAGCCAAGUUUCAUUUAGAGACAGUUUGCAUGGCUGAGUUGUAGAUGAAAUUCAAAAUGGAAAUGCUGACAAGACCCCUAGUUUAGUAUAGCCACUCAGUGCUGCUAGAAUAUAGUUACUUCUGAAUAGUUGUUUGUUUUCUGCAAAGCUCUAGAAUUCAGUAAGCAGGAUUCAGCUGUCAGGUAAGUAUGUACAUUUUAGAAGUGAAAAUUGCUUCCUUUACUUCUUUAAACUGACAUUUAAACUGGCAAACUAAGUUGCCUAAAAUCUGUUUGUAAAUUGUAUUCAUACUGAGAUUCUGACUUUUUCUAUAGUUGCAAGCCAGUGACAAAAUGCUUUAUAGCCAGAGUGAAUUUUCACAAGCACUUAGUUUUGGUGUGGUUCUGCUCUCUAUGGGCUUAGUAGCAGAGAGCAGAGUUAUGCCAAACUGUUAUUUUAAAAAUUAUUUCCUUUUCCUUCAUAUAGUUUGAACAGAAUUUUGUCAGUAUCUGAUUUUUUAAGUGGAAUUUUAUUAUCUUCAAUAGCUGUUCUUAGUUUUAUUCUUACAAUUCUGGAUGCUUUCACAAUCUGUGUUUCUUUAAAUGCCAGCUUGCAUUUCCUAUGCUCUGUUUCUUCAGACCCCCCCAAAAUAUCCAGAAUUCUUUCAAAGUUAUCUCAUAUUUCCAUUAACCAUCCGUUGAAAUAGAGAACAUUUUCAUCCACUUUUAAUCAUUUCUCAAACACGUACAUUAUUUUGCAUCUUGAAGUAAAGUCAUCAAGCACAGUGAUAAUAACUUUCAGCAAAACAUCAGAGAAAAAGCAGGUCUUAAAAAGAAUCAGGGCAGUAAUUACAUUCAGACAUAUCAGUACUUUGUGAUUCCUCAUUGUAACAUUUCCCCAUGCUAUAUUCAGUUCUUAUUCUCCUCUCUGCCUGCUUAUGAACUUCAGGCCAUAUUGUGCUAUUGUUUUAGGCAAACUUCAACAUGGGCUUCUAUUUGGCACUCGACAGCACAACAGGUCCUGGUGUAUUUUCCCCCAUACUCUUAAAUAUAUUUACACUUUAUUUAUAAUUAUUUGAGUGUACAGAUUUUUUCGUAAGUUAUACAGAAAAAGGCUCAUGUGAUUGUGUUAUAUAUUACAUAUUUGAAAACUGUGCAAUGUUUAUCUAUAAAAAUGUAAAAAGGAAAUACUGUAUAUUUUGUAACAUAACUUUUAAAAUUGUUUGUAACUGUGUAUACUGCAUAUUACAGAGGGUAUUGGCUCCAUGGAUAGGUUACAUAAAGAUUUGUUAGUAACACAGGAACAGAUUUCUUAAAGAUGAAAAACACCUACAUACUUUCAUAAUAUGGCUUAAUGCACAAGGACAUUGAACUCUACUUUUCUAACAAGAUUUGGAUUUUCUGUAAUGAGGAAUUUUGGAAAUACAAGGUUUCUGAAAAUGCUUUUUUAAGCUCUUAAACAGUGUAUCUUUUAACUAUUUUGAGGACAGUAUAUGGCUUUAUACUUUGUCAGGAAUACUCCUCUUGUCCAUCCUCGUGCAUUGAAUGUAAAAAUAAAGAGAAGUUUUAAAAAAUUAA